UUUACCCCCUUUGAGCUCAGAUAUAAAAGGUUGUGAGUGUAGGCAGAGAUGGAUCUGAGAAGGCUUUCAAUGUGGGCCGUCACUCAAGAUGUGUCAUCGGCUGCAUUGGCCAACAUUAAGGACCAACACAACAAAAAUGGAUUCUUACAGCACAUUACGACAUUAGAUAAGCUUCCGGACAAGAUUUUGCUUAAAAUAUUUAGUAAUUUACCGCAUCGGGAGAUAUCACGGUUAGCCAGAGUUUGCAAGAAAUGGCGAAUGAUUUCAUGCGAUUCCAAGCUAUGGACUCACGUCUCGCUCCGACCAGAAGUAUCGGGACUUCACGUUACGAGUAUAGAGUCAUUGCUGGCUCUCAUAUCAAUUCGUUUCGGCCCAUCUUUACGUUAUAUAGAGUUACCCAUUGAAUUGAUCACUCAUACAGUACUUCAUGAGUUGGCCAAUAAGUGUCCAAAUCUAACCAAUAUAUUGUUGGACUUUUCAACAGCAAUGCAAUUACACGACUUCAAUGAUUUGCAUUCAUUUCCAACAAAACUCAGAACAAUGUGCGUCUGUUUAUCUGAAGUUAUCUUUAUGGAGGGUUUUAUGAGAAAAAUCUAUAACUUUAUCAAUGGUUUAGAGGUUUUACAUUUAGUCGGAACUUAUGAGAAGGCUGUUGAAGAAGAGGAAGAAGAAAUCUAUGAAGUGGUAAACAUUCACAAACUGAAGAGUGCUGUUCCCAAUCUACGAGUUGUCAACUUAUUUGGUAUCAAUUUUGUCGACGACAGUCAUGUCGAUUCUCUCAGUAGUAAUUGUAUUCAAUUAGAGUGUCUGUCUCUCAAUUUUUGCACAAAAUUCACGGGAAGUAUAUUAAAACAAUUAUUUCAAAGAUGCAAAAGACUCAGAUGUCUUCUUAUGCAACACACGAACUUACAAAGUGAUCAUAUGAUGGCUAUUGAGUGGGAAAAGACAAAUCUACAAGAGUUGGACAUAACUGCAACAGAAUUAUCAACGGAAUGUCUAAUUGAUAUCUUAUGUCGUAUACCAGCUCUUCGUUAUCUAAGUGCCGGACAACAGGAUUGCUUCACAGAUCUAGUAUUGUAUGAGUUUAUGGAAAAGGGAAACACAAAGUCAUUAAUGGCAUUGGAUUUGGAUCGCAAUGAAAAUGUUUCGGACGAUAUGUUACUUAAAUUUCUGAAAAUGCAAGCGACUCACCUCAGAGGUCUACAAUUGUCUGGUUUACCACAUUUGACAGAGUCUUUUUGGACUACAGUAUUACCAUUACUUAAAAAUAUUAGAAUUUUAGUGAUGGGUAUGCCUGAAGGUUGUUGUCAAAAGAUCCACCAAAAGAUACACAUCGACUCAUUGAUCGAUUCAAUUGCCAACAAUUGUUGUCAAUUGGAGAGGUUUGAGGCCCAUUGGGAUUCAGAGACACUCCGUUUUUCAGACAGAAGUAGCAAAGCUGUUGAUGCCAUUAGAAUGAAGUGUUUAAGAUUGCGAUGUUUAUGUCUAAGUGAUGGCAAAUACUUUGAAAUGGUAAAGAGCAACUUUGAACGGGCGGACAGGGCUACGGUUGUGCGCUCAACCACCAACUCUAGAGUUACUUUAGUUUAUUUACUCCACAAUUACAAGGAUCUGAUAUUUAAUUAG